AUGGCUUUUUUACAUUCUCAUUCAACCGAGUGUGCCAAGUCAGAAUUGGACUUAUUUACUAUACCACCAACACAAACGAGCAUCGAAUAUUCACAAUGGACGCACUACAAUCCAGUUUCUUCAAUAACAGAUGACUCACCCAUUGAAUUUGUUAUACCUGGGCAUGGUGAUGAAUACAUCGAUUUACCUCAUACCAUGUUAAAAAUACGGGCACAAAUAAUUGCUGCUGACGGAACUCACGCUGCGGCCGAUAAAGUCGGUCCUGUAAAUAAUUUAUUACACUCAAUGUUCAAUCAAAUUGAUAUGUUUUUCAAUCAAAAAUUAAUUUCGCCGCCUAAUAAUGCUUAUGCUUACCGAGCAUACAUUGAAACAUUAUUAAAUUACAGUAGUGAUGCGAAGAAUUCACAUUUAGGUUUAACUUUGUGGUCUAAUGAUACCAGCGGGGCGUUUGAUAAUCCUGUAGGAGGUAUUGGUGAAAAUGACAAAAAUGUUAGUAACAAAGGGCUAGAAGAACGUGCGAAGAUUACUAGAAACGGUGCGAAAUUUGAUUUACUUGGGCAUCUACAUUGUGAUAUUUUUAAUCAAGAUAAAUUUUUAUUAAACGGCGUAGAAAUGCGCUUACGUUUAGUACAUACAAAAGAUUCAUUUCGUCUUAUGGACAGUACAAAUAAAAAUUACAAAAUACAUUUACUUGAGGCAUCACUUAUUGUAAGAAAAGCUAAACUAGCGCCAGGUAUACUUUUGGGUCACGCCAAGGCUUUGUCACAAACAACGGCAAAGUACCCCCUGACGCGUGUUGAAAUAAAAUCAUUUGUGUUACACGCAGGUAUUUUAAGUCAAACAAUAGAUAAUGCUAUAUUAGGGCAGCUACCUAAACGAGUGAUUAUUGGUUUUGUUGAUAAUCGUGCAUACAACGGUGACAGAACAUUAAACCCUUUUAAUUUUAAUAAUCAUGGUAUCAACUUUUUUUGUCUUUAUGUUGACGGUAAGCAAGUACCAGGUAAAGCAUUACAACCACAAUUUUCUGAGAAUGAUUAUUUAGAAGCUGAAGCAUACAACACCCUUUUUACCGGUACGGGUAUACAUUUUUCUGACAAUAGUAACAACAUUACACGAAAAAAUUACUCCAAAGGAUAUUGCUUGUUCGCAUUCGACUUGACGCCUGAUUUAUCUGCUCAUUUUGCUACCCACUGGAAUCUUGUUAGAAACGGUAGCCUAAGAAUUGAAGUACAUUUUGAUAGAGCAACUACUACGAGUUUAAACUGUAUACUCUAUGCUGAGUACGAUAAUAUACUAGAAAUUGAUUCUUCCCGCCAAGUGAUAGUCGACUACAAUGGAUAA